CAUGCUCAGUGAGACUCCAGUCGUGAAUCUUUUCAUUCAUGCUGUACAUCUCUCUUCCUCCAUCGCCUGGCUAGGCAAGCUGCUGCUGUAGCCUCCACCUUACCUCCACUCUGCUCUGUGCUGUCUCUGACAAUGGAUGAUUGAUUUCUCCAUCCCUCCCGUUUAUCCCUCGCUCCUCAGUGGGGAAAAGAAACAAGAAACAGGGGGAACACAAGACUGUCUUGGGGGAAUUAUUCUCUCUCUCCUCUCUUCUUUCCUGGGAUGGAUGGAUGAGGAUUUAUAUUGGUAAUGUAACCCUUUUCAAGGCAGUAAAAUACGUGAGAGAAGAGGGAGAAGAGGAGGAGGAGAAGUAGAUGAGCGAUGUCUUGGGCUACAGUGUGAGGGAGGUUUUCAACAGAGGCAUAUGUGCCUCUCUAGUCUCUCGUCUCAGUGUUGAUUUUGGACAGAUGAUGAUGUUUUAGUUUGACCAUGGAGUUCAGCGCGUCAUCUGUGUUUGACCAGCAGAAAGAUUCUGCUGAAGAAGUGGAUCUGAACGUCGUUUACCAAGCAGCCGCCAAUGGGGAUGUCAACACAUUAACAGCAACCAUACGGGAGGAUCCCUCCAUUUUGGAGUACUGUGAUGGUGAAGGCUCCACCCCUUUGAUGCAUGCGGUGUCGGGGAGGCAGGUGGACACGGUGAAACUCCUGCUGAAGAUGGGUACCUCCAUCAAUACCCAGGAUGCCUGUGGAAGGACUUCGCUCUCCCUAGCGACAUAUCUGGGGUGGCUCGAAGGCUGCGUGUGUUUGCUGCGAAAUGGAGCCAAGCAAAACAUCCCCGAUAAAAAUGGUCGCCUGCCUCUUCACGCAGCGACCGCUGAGAUCGACCUCAAACUCAUGGCAGUCCUGCUGCAGCAAUCGACUGCGUGUGAAAUCAACCACCAAGACAACGAGGGCAUGACUGCUCUUCAUUGGGCAUCUUUCCACAACCGUCCUGAGCAUGUGCAGGCUCUCCUGCAGAAAGGGGCGGAUCCCACACUGGUGGACAAGGACUUCAAGACAGCCCUCCAUUGGGCAGUGCAGAGUGGCAGCAGAUUCAUGUGUUCUCUCAUCCUGGAGCACAGCCUUGGCUCCUCGGUCAUCAACUACGACGACGAAAACGGAAAGACCUGCGUGCACAUCGCCGCUGCCGCUGGAUACAGCGCCAUCCUCUAUGAGUUGGCGCGCUUUGCCGAGACUAACCUGCAGGCCCUGGAUGUGGACGAACGGACCCCUCUUCAUUGGGCGGCAGCAGCGGGGAAGGAGGACUGUGUCCAGGCCUUACUGCAACUAGGGGUGGAGACAGGGCCCAGGGACAUCAACGAGAACACACCGCUCACAUAUGCAAUGUACUGUGGCCACACUGCCUGCAUCAAGCUCCUCUCAGCUGACAACAGAUCCAAUUCAGCCAGAAAGCUGCCUUCCCAGGGCAGUGAUCCAUCCCAGCUGCCUUCCCAGGGCAGUAACCCAUCCCAGCUGCCUUCCCAGGGGAGUGAUCCAACCCAGCUACCUUCCCAGGGCAGUGAUCCAUCCCAGCUACCUUCCCAGGGCAGUGAUCCAUCCCAGCUGCCUUCCCAGGGGAGUGACCCAUCCCAGCUGCCUUCCCAGGGCAGUGACCCAUCCCAGCUGCCUUCCCAGGGGAGUGACCCAUCCCAGCUGCCUUCCCAGGGCAGUGAUCCAUCCCAGCUGCCUUCCCAGGGGUGUGACCCAGCCCAGCUGCCUUCCCAGGGCAGUGAUCCAUCCCAGCUGCCUUCUCAGGGGAGUGACCCAUCCCAGCUGCCUUCCCAGGGUAGUGAUCCAUCCCAGCUGCCUUCUCAGGGGAGUGACCCAUCCCAGCUGUCUUCCCAGGGGAGUGACCCGUCGCAGAAGAAGGAGGGCAAGUUCCGCAUGCUCAACCAGAUUUUCUCUUGCAAGAGGAAGGAGCACUACACCACCCGCCAGAGAGAGCUGGGCCGCGACGGACACCUGAGGGAGGAGACCUCAGAGGUGGAUGACAUCAUCACCAUGUUUGAUUGUCUGGCUGACUCCUCUUCAGCCAAGGAGCUUGAAAACGAACGCUCCAAAGUCAGGAAACGGCCUUCGAUCGAAGCAGCGCAGAAACUCAAUCCACUCGACAUCCGAACGGCGAAGGACUACAAGGGACUGCCUCCUAUACGGACGCAAAGCCUUCCGCCCAUCAAUCUGGGCACGUCUUUGUUGGCCAUCUCCCAGAGUGCUGUGGAGCAGAGUCAAGCCACGAGGCCAAUGGUCAACCACUUUGCACACCGUUCUCAGAAAAGCAAGAGUGAGCAUGACUUAUUUGACAGCAGGCCGAAGGGACAAGCGUUGGUCAGUCAUUCCUGGAAGACCGAGGCCAAUCAGUCCAUUUUGGCCCACAAAUCCUGGAUAUCACCCCCACCAGAAAGGCUGUUGGACAAACUGUACCAUGAGACUUAUGGACCUACUGAUGUCAUCUGCCCACACCAAGCCCCAUACAUACAGAAGAACGAACAAGCUCCAAAUACACACCUGCUAACUCUGGACAGGUUAAACAUGAGGGAGACUGCACUAACACGGAACUGCUUGGCCCCCAUUCGUGACCACUGUACACACCGGUUCUCCUUGCCACCAGACCAAGUCUCUAAAGGGGUGAGGAAGUCCAAGUCCCUGCCUCUCAACACUCUUUGUCGGGGACAAGGGGGUCUCCCGCCGCCAGUGAUCUCCAAGACCCAGAGGCCAGGGAUCCCCCAAAGCCUGUCCUUGUGCUCCUUCCUGCCCAUGCUGAAUGGAGACCCUCUGAGGAGCGUGCAGGUGCUCCCUGCCAUCCCAUCCCAGAGGAAAUACAGCCCCACUGUGGGCCAACCCAAAAUAGACACCCUCAGUAAACUGGACAACAGAACCUGAUGCAACCGCAUAGCUCAUUGGAGGCUUGGGGAGAUAUGUGGUGGAGUGGACCUGAUUGGAAACUGGACUUGGCUGGGUUAGCUAACAGCAGGAUAUUUUCUGUGGAAUUUUGAAUGAAAUUUGUCCCUAAGUGUAAAAAAAAUAAUAAUAAUUGUCCCUGAGUGUAAAAACGGACUAAAUUCAUCAAGAGGAACUCUACUGUAUGCCACAGUAAAUUGCUCAAGACUUUGUUAAUAAACAGCAUCCUAUUUUUACACGUUUAUACUGUACUUAGUGGUGGAAAUUCCACAAUUCAAGGCAUGCACUGUGUACUGUUUGAUUAUCUUACACUUUGAAAUUGAGACUUUAUGUGGAGGUUGUCAUGUGACUGUUUCGCUAAAUGAAUAAAAUAUAUGACAUUUUUGUUAUUUUUGGCUUGCGUUAGGAUAUUUUUCAGUUGUGUGAAGGAGACGAGGCACAUUUGCAUGAUGCAUGAUCAACUUAUUGAUCCAUUCCUGAUCACCAUACAGGAAAUGUCCACGAUCCUCCACUAUUACUGGUCUGACUGCACCUCUUUUAAUAUGUUUUUAAUUUAUUCCCCUUUCAUGUAUGUUUUCUCCGUCCUGGCGCUAGGGCCGAGAUCUAUGUUGACCAUUAUCACUACUGUAACCACUCGGGAGGUCUGAGUAUGUGGGAGUGGAAGGGGAUGGGGCAGGAAAAGCAAGCAUGUUCACGGUGGUAGUGUAGUGACAUAGACUUACUACUGAGAUCUGAAGACUCCCCCCAAGCUUAUAGCCAUAGGCUUUAGCUCAGUGGACUGCUACAAUGUUGUUGUGGCAGGAGACCUGAGCACACAGUAGUUGGUCCCUGGUCACAUUCACGGUGCUUAUAAGACAACUGGGUACUCGGAGGUCAAAUCAUGACAUCAGUGAUCUUCAGGUCGGAUAGUCAACAAGGGGGGGCAUUACAAAAGAAGUUCAUUAAAACCUGUAGUAUUAUUAAUGAAUAUGAUUUGUAUGUGUAGGAUUCCUGCCAAUGUAAAACAUUUGUAUGUAUGCUGUUUUGUAUGUGACUAUUCCUCUUUGGUUUGUUGAUGUUUGUCGUUCGUUAAGGGGGAAAAAAGGAAAAAGGUUUGAAAUCACGUAAUGCAUUAAAUGUUCCAUGGUAUAGCUUCCUCUGUUCUCUGUUAGCAUAGUAAUUAAACAAAAAAACAUAAGAGUGCUUGUUGUGGAGCUUGUAGUGUCAGGUAGCCUACAUACAGCCACAGACAAACAAGUCAAGCUAGGCUCCGUGGGUGGUCAUGUCCUGGGGUAUAACUAAGCAAUAAGGCCUGGUAUAUGGCCAUAUAUCAAAUAUCACAAACCCCAGAGGUGCUUUACUGCUAUUAUAACCUGGUUACCAACCCAAUUAGAGCAGUA